AUGGAUACAUUAAUCGGUUUAAAGGGAAAGGAUUUCAUAAUUUUAGGAGCAGAUACUUAUAGCAUUAAUUCAAUUAUAAAAUUAAAAAAUGACGAUAAAACAAAAUUUUAUGAUAUAAAUGGAAAUAAAUGCUUAUUAUUAGGAGGCUCAAUUGGUGAUAGAAUACAAUUUGGAGAGUUUAUUAGAAAGAAUGUUCACUUAUAUCAAUAUCAAAAUUCUACUUCUUUAUAUGUUAAAUCUUUUGCUUAUUUCACAAGAAAAAAUCUAGCCUAUUAUUUGAGGAGAAAUCCAUAUGAAGUAAAUUGCUUGAUAGCUGGAUAUGAUGAUAAGGAUGGAUAUCAACUAUACUGGUGUGAUUAUUUAAGUAACAUGGAUGCUAUAAAUAAAGGUGCUCAUGGAUAUGGAGCUUAUUUAGUUAACGCCAUAUUGGAUAAAUAUUAUCAUGAAAACAUGAAUUUAGAAGAGGCAUUAGUUAUUUUUAAAAAAUGUUUUGAAGAACUAAAAAAAAGAUUUCUUCUUACCCAAAUUAAUUACGAAUUAAGAAUCAUGUCAAAUAAUAAAAUAGAAACACAAUACGUUAACAUUUAA